CACCGAGAGUGGGGGGAGGCGGUGGCCCCGAAGAGACGUGCGUCAUGCGGUCUUUCUUCCUCCGGAGUCGGGGCUAGGAAGCGACACCAGCCGCGUCUUAAAUUGAGGGCGAGAGGAGCUCGGCCGCUUAUAGUAGAGACUGACUGCGGAGGCGGAGGCAGCCGCCGGUGCAACCCUGCCGAGCGCCAUGUCGCUACAGAAGCCGGCCGAGGGCGGAAGCGGAGGAUUGGCGGAUUCCCCGGGGGCGGAGGAAGCCGAAGAUGGCUCGCCCAGUCCGUCCUUGCCGCCGCCGGUGUUGCCCUGGGACCGCUUCUCGGCCUGGCUGCACUGCGUGUGCGUGGUGGGCUUUGAUCUGGAGCUCGGCCAAGCUGUGGAGGUUAUAUAUCCACAGCAUUCAAAACUUACAGAUAAAGAGAAAACCAAUAUUUGCUAUUUGUCUUUCCCAGAUUCCAAUUCAGGUUGCCUUGGAAACACACAAUUUUGUUUUAGGUUUCGGCAGUCUUCUAGCAGAAAGCUUUCGUGGCACUGUUUGCUGGAUCAGUUGGACAGAGAUCUACCAAUUUACUUGAAGAGGGAUCCUGCAUAUUUUUCUGGAUAUGUGUAUUUUAGACAAGUACAAGACAAGACGUUAAAACGUGGUUAUUUUCAGAAGUCUUUAGUUCUGAUUAGCAAGUUGCCUUAUAUCCACUUAUUUAACACUGUUCUUGAACAAAUUGCACCUGAAUAUUUUGAGAAAAAUGAACCUUUCUUGGAAGCAGCUUGUAGUGAUAUUGAUCGAUGGCCACUGCCAGUCCCAGGGAAAACACUCUAUUUGCCCAUUAUGGGCAUUGUGAUUAAGGUGCGGAUUCCUACCUGUCACGACACGCCUGGAACUACUCAAGUGUUACAGUUGACACAUCAGGCAGAUUCACAAAUCUCCAUUGCUUUGCCAUCUGUCUAUGAAGUAGAUCUAUUUAGAUGUUUCUUGCCGGUGUUCUUUCACAUCCAGAUGCUGUGGGAACUAGUGUUGUUAGGGGAACCAUUAGUUGUCAUGGCACAAUCACCAUCAGAAUCUUCAGAAACUGUCUUGGCGCUUGUGAGUUGUAUCUCGCCUUUGAAGUACUACAGUGAUUUUAGACCUUAUUUUACAAUACAUGACAGUGAAUUCAAAGACUAUACCACUCGUACACAGACCCCGCCUUCUGUCAUAUUAGGAGUGACAAAUCCAUUUUUUGCUAAAACGCUGCAGCAUUGGCCACACAUCAUUCGAAUAGGAGAUAUCAAGGUCUCAGGUGAAGUUCCAAAGCAGGUUAAAGUAAAAAAACUGAAGAAUUUAAAAACCUUGGAUUCCAAACCAGGUGUUUAUACAUCAUACAAAUCAUACUUAAACAAAGAUGAAGAAAUCAUAAAACAAUUACAAAAGGGAGUACAACAGAAGCGUCCUGCAGAAGCCCAAAACAUAAUCCUUCGUCGUUAUUUCUUGGAAUUGACUCAAAGCUUCAUUAUUCCCCUAGAACGAUACGUAGCAAGUUUAAUGCCUCUACAAAAAAGCAUAUCCCCUUGGAAGAGUCCUCCACAGUUGAAGCCAUUCAGCAAAGAGGAGUUUAUGAAAACGCUUGAGAAAACGGGGCCUCAGCUUACCUCUCGGUUAAAGGGGGACUGGAUAGGAUUGUACAGGCAUUUUCUGAAAUCUUACAAUUUUGAUGGUUGGUUUCGGACACGGCGGAAAGAAAUGACACGGAAGCUGGAGGCACUGCAUUUGGAAGCAUUGUGUAAUGAGGACCUGCUUUUCUGGAGUCAGAAACAUACUGAAGUGGAAACAGUGGAUCUAGUCUUAAAAUUAAAAACUAAAUUGACCGAUGGAGAAAACUUGCCUGUGAAACCUGGAACUAUCGAAAAGUUAAAGAAGCACAUUGAUUCAAUUAUACUUGCACAGCCGGAAGAUUUACAGGGUAUUUUGACCAAAACUGGUUCUGUGUGACUAGUGAAUACCGCCAUAUUUAUCAUAUCACACAUUUCAAAGGCUUAAAGAGGAGACUUGGAGAACUGCAAUCAUGAAAAAUAUCUUGUUAUGGAAACACAUGAAUGCUUUUAAAAAGCCUUUUAAAGCAGACUUUAACACUCAACUUGAAUACAGAAGGAAGAUAGUGUCAAUUAUGUGUAAAAUUAAGUGCUCUUAUUGAAUCUUAAUGUAUUUUAGAAUUGGAUGUGCAAUGCUGGCGUUGCAGAGCUGCUUCAGCUGGUGGUGCUCUGCCCAAUUUAUUCCACUCAGGGGAAGCAAUAUUCCUGCUGGUUUGGAACACUGCCCACUUCAAGAUGAUAGCUUAUAUUCUCCAGUGGGUAUUUUCUUAUUUUAUCUCCUAAUAAAAUCUCAAAUUGCUGCCUAAUCUUGACAGCUUUUCUCAGACAUCACAGUUCCGUUUGCCAAGCUAUGGUUCGGUAUUUGGGAGCACCUUGUGACGGGAGCACCUUGUGACUUUGUACAGGCCUCCCACUCUUCUACUUAUCUUUUGAGAGCCUCCAUUAAUUGUAGUCAGAAAAAAUAUCCUGUUCAAAUUAUAAGCAAUGAGAGAUCUGAACUGAGGUUGAAACCCCUUCAGAUCCUGGUUUUAGUCUGCAAUUUGGAAGGCACUUGAUUCCAGCAGUCCCAGUUUAUCUGGCUUAGAUUCUCUAGCAAAUUAUGUUAUUAAUUAAUGUGGGGGUGAGGAGAGUUCAUGGUGGGGAAAAGAGGUCAAGGAAAAAAGGGAAAUAUAUGCUUUUAGUCACAUCUGCUUUGUGACACCUGAAUCAAGCUAAUUGUUGGUGCAUACAGUACAUUACUUCUUUGAUCAUAUAACUAAUUCUAGAAGUUAAUUAGCUAAAACCAUAACAUAAUUAAAUGCUUUUUUCUUAAAAUAUCUUUCUUUUUUAGAAACCUAUAAACACACUAUUAUUAGUUUACCUCUCCUCAAUUUUUAUAGAUUUCAGUGGGUAUUUCUCACUAAAGGCCUUUUUAAUUAGACCUUUACAGCAGUAGGCCUUACUGUAGUACUGCAGUUAAAAUUAAACUGUAGUAUUAGCAUCCAUUUUCAAAGUGUAAGUAAUUAGAAAGCUAUAUGCAAUGAUCAGCUGCCUCUCUUUACUUCAAACACCACUAAUCACUUUCUUGGGGAAACUUUUGAAACAGUCCUUACCUCCCAUCUCUAGAUAUUAUUAAAAUGAGCCAAAGUUGAUAUAAAAGAAGCAGUCACACAGCCUUCAUACUCAUUCUACAUGUCCUAUGUAAAAUACCACACAUAUCAAAUAAGUAUGUAAAUAUACAUUAAAAUACUUUUGAGAAUAUACACACAUCAGGCUACAGAAAUCAUUACACACCAAAUGGGCUACUAUAUUGGGGAAAAAUUGUUUCCUUAUGUGAAAUGUAUAAGUUAGUGGUCCCUUCUGACAUUUCGUAAUGUAAAGAGGUUCCUCAAAGGCGGCCUAAUGUUUUAUGUGAAUUCACAUGACACAUUAACUGUAAGGGUGACAAGUGAGCAUGCUCUUGCUGCCAUGUUACUUUCUUCCCCCUCUGCCGUACUGUAUUGCAUCACACAGAUCCUACUCAACUAACGAUUGUGGAUGAAUGGAAACCAGACUUUGUCGCUGUAGUCUCUUAGGUUAUACACUGGUUUCUGAAAAUCCAAAAUGACAGUCACUUUCGGCCAUAAAACGCAGUAAAUUGCCAACUUCAG